CCCGCCCGGAGAAGGGGUUGAGUAUUCCGGCACUUAUAGCUGCCGAGCCACAUGUAAACAUGGCCACGCCGGGAAGGGUCUUGCGUAGGCUGGCAAGCAGCUCUUUUCGGCUGUUUUCACCACCUGGCUUCAGUGUCACCAGCUGCAGAUGGCGCCAGUCGGUGCGAACAAUGAGUGACGAAGUUACAAAGGCCACGUCAGCAUCGCAAGUGCUAAAGUUUCAGCCAACCAUCUUCGACAAGAUCAUCGACCGCUCCAUUCCGGCAGACAUUAUUUACGAGGACGACAAGUGCUUGGCAUUUCGCGACGUGAGCCCACAGGCCCCAACACACAUACUUCUUAUCCCCAAACAGCGAAUCACAAUGCUGAGUGAAGCCACGAACCAGGACACCUUGCUGUUGGGUCACUUGCUGGUGACGGUGGGGAAAAUUGCUGCUCAAGAAAACUUAAACAAAGGCUACCGUGUUGUAAUCAAUAAUGGAGCAGAUGGAGCACAGUCUGUCUAUUAUCUACACCUUCACAUCCUUGGAGGUCGGCAGAUGACAUGGCCGCCAGGGUAGAGGCAGAACACCUGACUGCCAAUGUUGUGGCAUAUGUCAUGGCUGCCAAUGUUGUGGUGUAUGUCAUGGCUGCCAAUGUUGUGGUGUAUGUCAUGGCUGCCAGUGUUGUGGUGUAUGUCAUGGCUGCCAGUGUUGUGGUGUAUGUCAUAGCUGCCAGUGUUGUGGUAUAUGUCAUGGCUGCCACAUAGUGGGCAUUUGAAUUGACUGCCACUAAGUGGGCAUAUUAUAUGAUUGCCAUGUAGUGGGCAUUUAUCUUGCCCUCCAAUGCCACGGCAAAUUUAUAAUAAAUAACUCAAAACAUUCAUUAGCAUUUUUUACUGUAAUAAAAUAAUAAAACAGAAUAAUUUCCUGGUAAUAUGACUAAAAGGAUAAGUGUGGGGUAGGUAGAUAACAUAUAUUUUAGAAUUAUUUAUGUAAAGUGAAACUUGGAUUAAGCGGAUACAUCAGGACAAGAUGUGUUCUGCUUCACCGAGGAAUCCGGCUCGCCGAGUGUAUAUCCAGUUUUCACCAAUUAUGUACAGUAUUGCCAAUUCCUUUGUUGUUUUUGCUGUUUGCAUAUUGCUUUUUCAGAAAUCAUUGUUGCAAACUUGUGUGGGAAAUGUGUGUGUGUGUUACAACUUUAACUAUUAAAAUUUCAAUUGAUUUGAA